AACUACCCAUUUUGCAAAAUCGACAUUCAUUCGCAAUCGAGAAAUCGAGAGAGAAGAGGAAUUUGGGAAUCGCGUUAGGGUUUGGUCAACAAUGGCGAUGAGGAGAUUCUACAACGAGAUCAAGGGGAAGAAGGUGACUGAGAUUCCUGAACACGUGAAGCCGAUGCUGUCCUUCAGCUACAUUCGGAACUCCAUCAAGCGAGGCUUGGACAAUUACUGCGAGAAGUACAUCGAAACCAGUUCCCCUGAGCCUCUCUUCCAUGUCUGCUAUGGCGGCAUGAUCUUCUCCUACCUUGUUAAUCUCCCUAAGGAGCGCCGCCAUCUCGAGCACAUGCAGGCGCACGCUAAUGCUCAUCAUUGAUUCGAAUUCAGCAGGGUCCUGGUAUUUGAAAUGGAGAUGAUUGGCUUGCUUUAUCUUUUUUGUUUUAAAAACUGAAAAAUCAAGGCAGAAGGACACUGUCAGCUUCAGUGUAUUUCAUUGUUUAUGAUAAAAUAAGUUCUAUUUGAUACAAUACUCAAUUUCCUUGCACUUAAAUGUUGUUGAAUGUAUGAAAGAAGAAGAUACAUUUUCA